AUGUCUUCGAGUUAUUCCUCGUCCGAAGAGUCAAGCGUGCAGAACUUCGUUCACACGCAGCCCGUGCGCCGUGACCAGCGGAUGCGUCUGUGGCCUCCUAUCACCGACAUGGAGGACAAGGCCGAGGACCAGACCGGCAGUGAGAGCGCCGGGCCCGGAGCCUCUGGGGCCCAAACUUCGAGCAACUCUGAGGCUGAGGACGAGGACGCGACCAUGUCCAAGGCCGAGACUAUAUCUCUGGAUGAGACUGUGUCGAUGACCGAGAGCUCCGAACCAGUCCGCAGUGGCAUGCACAGCAACAGCUCCAGCGACACCGAGGCAUGCAAGCGUGGCCACAACACCCACAUCCUCCCCAACACCCCCUUCCGCCACAGCACAACCUACACCCACCUCGGCCGCCCCGAAGUGGUCCCGGGCGCUACCACCUCAGCAACCCCGUACCCAGCUCCCGCUCCCGCCCGCGGCUCAGGGCCUGCCUCCGCCCCCCGUCGCCGCAAGAGGAAGACCGUGGCCGCCUCCAAGACGCCCCGCGAGACCAUCGUGCGCCGCCGACCCUACGACUCGAGCUCGGAUUCCGACCUCGACCACCCGGUGAUCCGCAGCUUCUUGAGCGCGUACGCGCCCCGACGCCGCCCCGACCGCAACACGCCAGCCCGGCCCAUGGCCCGCCGCGCCGCCUACCUCGACAUCGCGGCCGUGCACCCCCACCUGUUCGCCGUCGAGCCGCUGCGCGAGGACCCUGAUCGCGCGUACGAUGCCGAUCGGUCGGAUAAUUCGUCGGAUCGGGAGGAUUUUAGCGAUUGGUCGGAUAUGGAGGGUACCACUCACACUCACACUCACACUCACACUGCCGGUGAUAUUGCCGCUGGCGGUGCUGGCGAUACCGCUAAGGAGAAGAAGUGAGGUUGUGCAGGGGGGGUGUCGGUCCUUGACAUUGGCCUGGGGAAGCUUGAUGUGUUUGUACGCUGCCGUUGCAUAUCUGUUCAUGGCUUGGACUCGCCUGUCUUGUCUAUCUGGUGUUUUUUUUUCUCAUUGUGACUUCUGCUUGGCUUGGCGUUGCUUGGCUCAGGUGGCCAAGCUGGCCGGGGUCGGAUAUGGUUUUCCUUUUCGGAACUGGGAUCUUUCUACCUAGUCUUUGGGUCGAUUUACCUCCAGUACACUUUCAAGGAUCGAUCGUCCGGUUGGACAGGUGGUCAGAUCUAGAUGGGAUAUUUGUUGCGUUGAGCUAGUGGAGCUGUGAUUCUCUAGAGCCCUGGACAUACUAUGUAUUUGGGGGGGUCGGUAGAAAUGGUC